GUUGUGGUAAGACGGUGUUAUUUUACCCUCCCUUUAGCGCUGCGCCUGGUUGUUGUAGUUAUUCAAUGGGUGGAAAAAAACCUUAUGUAAAUUAAGUUUUCUGUAAUCCCCCUGUGUUUAGAGCUUGCGGUGUGUAAUUAUGAGACUGUGAGGAAAGGGUGAAACUACGGACUUCCGUUUAGAACGCAGGAGAGGGUAUAAGGGCCCUGUCUUUCCUUUAACCUUCGUUUGGCCCAAGAUGCGCACGACGCUCGAUUCUUUGAAAGUGGCGUCCAGAGAAGUGUUAGUGUGAAAGGUCGGUGAGCGCGUGUGGGACGGGGCCAGUCAUUAUUGUAUCGGUAGAUAUAACUGUUCAAAAUGGGGGCAUUUUUGGACAAACCAAAAACUGAAAAACACAAUGCUCAUGGGUCAGGAAAUGGUCUACAUUAUGGACUCAGCAGCAUGCAGGGCUGGAGAGUAGAGAUGGAAGAUGCUCACACUGCUGUGCUUGGUAUACCUCAUGGCUUGGAAGACUGGUCCUUUUUUGCUGUUUAUGAUGGCCAUGCUGGAUCUCGCGUUGCAAAUUACUGUUCAUCACAUUUGUUAGAACACAUAACUGAUAAUGAAGAUUUCAAAGCAACAGAAACACAGGGAUCUACACCAGAGCCUUCUAUAGAAAAUGUUAAAAGUGGCAUUAGAACUGGGUUUCUAAAAAUUGAUGAAUAUAUGCGCAACUUUUCUGACCUAAGGAAUGGCAUGGACAGAAGUGGCUCUACUGCCGUGGCAGUUCUUAUUGCACCCACUCAUGUGUAUUUCAUCAACUGUGGGGAUUCUCGUGCUGUAUUGUAUAGGAAUGGACAGGUUUGCUUUUCAACACAAGAUCACAAACCUUGUAAUCCAAGAGAAAAGGAGAGGAUCCAGAAUGCGGGGGGCAGCGUUAUGAUACAACGUGUUAAUGGAUCAUUAGCCGUUUCUAGAGCCUUAGGGGACUAUGAUUAUAAAUGUGUUGAUGGCAAAGGCCCUACUGAACAACUUGUUUCUCCAGAGCCUGAGGUGUAUGAAAUAUUACGAGCAGAUGAAGAUGAAUUUAUAAUAUUGGCUUGCGAUGGCGUUUGGGAUGUCAUGACAAAUGAGGAGUUGUGUGACUUUGUGAAGUCUAGACUUGAGCUAACGGAUGACUUGGAAAAAGUGUGCAAUUCUGUAGUUGACACCUGUUUACACAAGGGAAGUCGUGAUAACAUGAGCAUUGUGCUUGUUUGUAUGCAAAAUGCCCCUAAGGUCUCAGAAGAUGCAAUCAAGAAAGAUGCAGAUUUGGAUAAACAUUUAGAAUCAAGAAUUGAAGAAAUCAUGAUGAAUGCUGGGGAGGAAGGUAUGCCAGAUCUUGCUCAUGUAAUGCGGAUCUUAUCUGCAGAGAAUAUUCCACUUUUACCACCCGGAGGAGGAUUGGCUGCCAAGCGCUGUGUUAUUGAAGAGGUGUAUAAUAGGCUGAACCCACAUAGAGAUAAUGAUGGGGACCCCACUGGAAAAGAGGAAAGUGGAACGCAUGGACAAAUGAUGGAAGCUCUCAGGGAACUGAGACUUAAUCAUAGGGGAAACUAUCGUCAACUCCUGGAGGAGAUACUGAGUAGUUACAGGCUAGUUAAACAGGGCGAAGAAUGCACUGCUGGAACAACAGAAUCCUCUUCUGCUUCCAGUAAUCCUGUGGAUGAGCCAGUAACUGGAGUGCGCUCUGAAGUGGAAUAAGUUAUUUAAUAUAUGAAGUGUAAAUUGCAUGACUUGUCUUAUAUUUUAACCAUCUAGCAUUUUCUUUUGGAAUAUAUAUAUAUAAAAAUGUUAACAAGCAAAACCAUAAGAACCAUGCUGCAGUUGUUAAACUUUGCAAACAACCCAUUAGUUCAGAAUCGCCCUGCUUGGAGAGAGGGAAAUUCAGUCUGAACAGAUUUUUCAAUUCUUGCAUCUUUGUAAACUUUUAAGGACUAUAGAUCACUGGUUUUCAAACCUGUACUUAAGCCUCCCCAACAGGCCAGGUUUUCAGGAUUACUUUGAAUGAGAGCAGGUAAAAUAACCAGGUUUACUAAUCACCUGAUUAUUUCAGCUCUGCUCCAGUUCAGAUAUCCUCAAAACGUGGCCUGUAAGUGAGGCCUGUGAACAAGUCUGAAAGCCAGUGCUAUAGAUGGACACCGCUAAUCUGAUCUUGGUAGAAUUCAGAUUUCUUGUUAAAGGGACAUUUAAAAUGCUCUGCACAACUACAAAAGAAUAGUAAAUACUAUGUUUUCAUUCUAUUCCAGCAGGUCUUUUCAAUUCAGUUCUCCUGUUUUAUUAGCUUAAGGGUGCCAAUAUCUUGGAGCAUGUAUUCUGACACAAGCAGUGUGCGUUUACAUAUAAGUGAGUUGCUGCUAACUUUUUGACAACUGUAUAAAGUGCUUCAGGUUAGGGUACAUCAUACAAAGCAGCUGCUGCAUGUUUUUGCAGCUGCGUCAUUGCUCUAUUAUUGAGUACUUUAAAGGGUCUGUUAAUUUUAAAAUUCUCAUGUCAGUCCAUGUUAAUUUUUAUGUUUACAUUAUAACCUCUGAAUUUAUUUAUGUAAAAAUAUUUAUAUAUAAUAGUUUACUUUGUUAUAGAAGUGUAUGGUACUUCUCCAACCCCUCUGACAUAUCUUACAUAUGGGAGGUAUAGAGAAAUAUAGAUCAGCCCAGAUGAAGUGCAUGGCACGCCUACAUUUCCUCUAACUGAAGCUCACUCGCGCUGAUGUCUUCCUAACUGAGUACAACUACACAUGCAUUAGAGCAGGAGAAAUAGAUGCUCUCUGUGCACAAAAGGGAAACUUAGCGCAACAGAUGUUAGGGAUAGAGGUGGAUGGCUAUUGCUUUGAAACAAAAAAAAAACACAAAAAAACCAGCGGAGUGGUAGGCGGCCAAGUAAUAUCCAACUGGGCUAACAUUUGCGAUAAAAUUGAUAAAUUACAUUAAAAAAUGGAUGAAUAAUUUAUAUUUAUUACAUCUUGCAAAUGCAAAAUUGAAGGACUAAUUUCUGAGUUUACUUUCCCUUUUAAUGUUUUGUUACUGUAAUAAAACUGUUAUAAAAAUGCACAUGAUGUAUCAUACGCACUAACUCCAAGCAAAUGAUACAGCUGUAAAAAAAAAUAGGCAAUAUUUACUGAUCUGUGAGUGUGCAUUGCUUCUGUCACAGGCUGUGAGAAUACCUGAGCUUCAAGAUGGCAGCCCCCAGUAUGAGGAGGCGGAGCUACAGUAUCUGGCGCCUUUAAACUAUUAAAACAGGAGAACUGAUUUUGAAGAGCUGCAGGAACAGGAUGAAAUGCAAUAACAUUGUGAAUAGUUACUAUUCUUUUUGUAGUUGUGCACAGUAGUUUAUUGUCCCUUUUUUAGUCUAUUGGUUGUAGGAGCUGUAAAAUCACUUGUCAAUGUUUGUUUAUAUUUUUGUGGUUUUAUUAAUUUCUUGCUCAGUUAUUAGUUAACAAAGAUGUCCAAUAAAUGCAGAUAUGGUUUUUUUUAGUAGCAGAAUUUAAUAAAUAUUUUACUGAAACCUGUAAUGUUAAGUAUCCACGCAAUCCUGCUUAAUGGGAAAAUGUGUCCCCCCGUCCCCCCGUUAUGCUAUCCUCUAGCUUUAUCGAUUGCUCAGACACAUUUAAAUGUAAGUAACAUGAUUUGCUUUUUAGGAGUAUAACAUAGAUAAAAUGACUGGCUUUUUGUCACACUGGGUAGACUUUUAGAGACAUUCAUAUGUCUUCAGUGCUAUUAGUUUGCUAUUUGAAUUAAACUGGUGCAUAAAAGGAAAGCUGGACUUUUUAUCUGUGUUAGUGCAGAGUAUGUGUACUCUAUCAUCAUACGAUAAACUACAUUUUAGAUUGAAACAUUAGAUAUUUAUAUUUUGAAUAGUGGAAGUUGACACCAACAAAUGUUUGAACUCCGCUUAUCCCUCUUUUAGAAGGUAGGCCCAGAUGGAAGAUUUAUUUAUUUUAGGGACUUUUUAGUGUAAAAUAAAAAUGAUCUAUUUCAUUAAAGCAUUGCAUUUUUAGGAUAAAAUAUUAAAAAUGAAUUAAUAUGUUAUACGGGGUUAAAUAUGUAAUUCUUUGUGCAUGUGCAGCUCCAGAUAAGGUUCCUCCUGACUAAUAUAUAAUCUUCUCCCUUUUCCGGUAUAAGAGCAUGCUGUAUUUGUGACUUUGACUGUUUUUUAAAACUUUUUGAAGGGGAAUUUAUUUUUAAAAAACAUUCUUUAAUGAACUGGUGCAUUUUAUUUUAUACUAAAAUGCCCUUUUUAAUGUCAUAAUUUAGUAUUACCAAAAUUCUGUACUGAAGGUAGACAAAUAGUUUCUGAUGUACAUGGUGAGAAUUUGUAUCGCAUAUUGUUACCUUCCUAUUAUAAAACAUUUUUAUAUUAGUGUUCUAGUAUUAUGAGAUUGCUCUUUACACAUUGCAAAUGGAUAUAUACAUUUUUAAAGUGUGUAGUUUUUGCUUUUCUAGAUUCCAUGACUUUAUGUAAUUAAACCUGCUUUGAUUUUUUUUGUAGUGUAAAUUGUAUUAUUCAAAAUAAAAAUCCCAGUGGCUCAAAACAUAAA